GCAGUAAUUCUAUCUACUAGCAAGAUGGGUGACUCAAGACUCGAAAUAGAUAACCCAAAAAUUGAGAUUAGCGAUUUCAAGUUCAAAUUUUCAAGACAGAAAUCCAGGAGUGUAAUAUAUGCUACCUUACCCAGUAAUACGAGAUCUAAAUAAAUCACCAUCUGAAUCAGAGGAAGGAUCUACAAGUCAACAGCUAUCAAAAAAUAAAGAGAUUGACAAUAAACCUGUGAAGCAGACAAAUCCUGCUCAAGGCUUACGAAAAGCUUCGACCUUUAUAUCCCCUGGAUUGAAAGGUCUGAAUCAACUCCAAAUCGCAAUUGGGAUUGCGAAGAAGGACUCAAGUUCGAACAACCCUACUCCUGAAGACUCUAAGAACUCCAUUAUCCUCAACCGUCCAAACAUUGUGGUUGAAGAUGAAAUAUUAGAGGAGGAUGAACACAACCUCAUCGAUGUCCUUAAAAGGAAGAAUGAAAAAUAGCAAGAAUUUCAGCUUGAACAGAAAUAACAUGAAUAAAAUCCAGAAAGACUUUAAAUAAGGAAGUAAAAAUUAUAAAAGCUAGUGAUGUAAUCAACCUAAUUAAUUCCCGAUGACAGAUGAGCAAUCAAAAUUCCUCCCAUUUGAAUACAAAACGUACCCCUCAAAAGGAGGCUAUGACCGGGAUUAUUGGAGAUCUACAUCAGAAGCAUUAUCAGUAUAAAGACCUGUCAAGAACAUUAUUCUCUAGGUUCAGAGACAACAAAGUAAGAAAUUUCAGAGAUAGCCACAGGAAGUGGGUAAACUCUUGUUUGUCAAGGAAUGUCAACUUUCCCUCUCUCCGGGUUGACACAGAUAGGAAAAUAUUCAGCUUGAAAAAUAUUGAGCUUAAAAAUAGAGAACAAAUUUAUAGCGAACGUCUGUUCAGAAGCAAAAGCCCUCCUAUGAGAAGUGGCUUUAACACAAUAGAUAACUCAAAAAAGAGGACUGGUUAGAAAAUGAAAAGGUGGGAUAACCCAAAUAAGGAGAGACUAUUCCAAUAGUCAGUCCUCUUUACCCUAAGAUCUCUCAUUUGACAUCAUAAUUCCCUCUGAAAUUUGAGAAAUGACUUUGGAAGAAGAAUAAUGAUGAAAAGAGACAGAAGAUAUGAUUUAUAGUAUAUUUC